AGUUUAAAGUAAUAAUUGGAAGCCGUCACAACUUUUCGCGGAAUGACACACUCACAUCGGCGCCAUAUCAAAUCAAAAGAUCUGUUUGUAUGUUCGACAUCUUUAUUUCAAUGAAGUCUAUAAAUAUAUCACUUACUGGAAUGCGCUCUAUGACAAUACAUGUAACAACAAGAUCACGUACUGAAUGAAAGAACGUAUGAUAUGGAGAAAGGGAAACAUUCAAAAGAAAACGCAUUGAUAGUAGUUGCCAUCGACUUUGGAACCACGUAUUCCGGAUGGGCCUAUUCAGUACGUCAAGAAUUUAAAGAUAAUCAUACUAACAUUAAAACAAAAGGUGGCUGGAAAACAGGAGAAGGCCAAGCAACAGAUAAGACACCUACAGUAGUUUUAUUCACUCCCGACGACAAGUUUCACAGCUUUGGAUAUGAAGCAGAAAGUAAAUAUGCAGAACUGGUUGAUGACAAUGAGGCUACUGGAUGGAAAUAUUUUAAGAGAUUUAAAAUGGCUCUUUUCAAUGAUGAAACGAGCCAGUCUGGAAAUCAACACAGAAACUUAGCGACAGGAAAAAUUUCUAAAAAGCAAAAGCUUAAAGAUGUCAACGGGAACAAAUUAUCAUCGCUGAUGGUAGUUUCAGAAUGUCUGAAGUUCCUGAAAAAGGACUUCCUAAAAACGUUAGAAGAAAAGGUUAAUUUUAUUGAGAUGAAAGAUAUUCAUUGGGUUGUUACUGUGCCAGCUAUCUGGUCGGAUCAGGCGAAACAGUUUAUGAGACUGGCAGCCAAUCAGGCUGGAAUUGAUGAUAGUCAUUUAUCCUUAGCCUAUGAACCUGAAGCAGCAGCUAUUUAUUGUAGGGAUAUAAUGGUACAGAAGAAACAAGAUGGAGAAGAUACAGUCAUGUCAUCAUUUGAUACAGGAGAAUCAUUCUUAGUUUUAGAUUGUGGAGGAGGUACGGUCGACAUUACAGCUUAUAAAAUACAAGAGGGAAACAAACUUGUUGAAUUAUUUCCACCAACUGGAGGACCAUGGGGAGGAACGGAAGUUGAUAAACAGUUUCAAAAUCUAGUUGAAGAAAUUUUUGGAGAGGAUGUCUGGCGUGGUUUUGAAAAGUCCUUUAUGCACGAUUGUCUUGAAUUUAUGAGAAGAUUUGAGGGCAAAAAGAAAAAUAUUGGCGAAAAUAAUGACGAUAAAAUGAGAAUUCAGUUCCCACGUGAUUUGUUUGACGAAUACAAAACUAAAACAGGCGUGGAAUUUGAUUUGGCGUUAGGUGUAAAAAAAGUAAGAGAUAAGCUUGAUUUUCCAAUACAGAAAAUGAAAGAUCUUUUCGAGAAGCCUCUUAAUGCAACUGCUGAUCAUGUAAAAGAAUUGCUUGGGAAAUCUGAAUUAGACGGAUUGAAGACAAUACUCAUGGUUGGUGGUUUCUCGGAUUCUGCAUUGCUAUAUGAAAAAAUCAAAUCCAGUUUCCCAUCAUUGAAUGUAUUGCGACCACAUGAAGCUGUUUUAUCUGUGGUGAAAGGGGCAGUCAUAUAUGGUCAUACUCCUGAAAUAAUCCCCGAAAGAGUUUGUGCUAGAACGUACGGUAUAGCGUGCAACAUCCCAUUUGAUCCAAUGAAACAUCCAGAACGAUUACUAGGAUAUUACAACGAUAGAGCAAUGUGCACGGACAGUUUUCAAACGAUAGUGAAAAAGGGGGAAACUAUAUUAUUAGGAAAUAAGUCUUUUGAAAGUACAUUUUUACCAACACGUGGGUCUGAUACAGAGGCAACAAUUGACAUCUACGUUUCUUCAGAUUACAAUCCUCUAUAUACAUAUGGUGACAGCGUCACACGAUUAGGUUCCCUCCUUUUAAGAAUCCCAGACACACAGAAAGGAAAAAAUAGACCAAUAAAUGUACGGAUAAGUUUUCAAGGCACCGAGAUUGUUGUCACAGCAGUAGAAGAAGGAACAAAUAACAUAGUCAGUGAGACAUUUGAUUCCUUGUAAAACUACCAAACUCUUUUAUUACGAAUAUACGUUCUGUAUGAACUAUAGACAUUGAGUGAUAUUAUUACUCUUCAAAAAAGCUUUUAAAUCAACCAAAAUAAUGUAUGCAUGUUUUAUUGAUUUUAAAAAAGCUUUUGACACUAUAAAUAGAGAGACCCUGCUACACAAACUUGCUGAAUAUAACAUAAAGGGACCAUUUUUCAAUAUUUUAAAAAAUAUGUAAAGAAGUCCCUGAAGGCAUUACUGAGAUGUUUCCUUCCACAGUUGGAGUAAAACAAGGCCGUAGUCUAAGCCCUACCUUAUUUUUUUUUAUGCCCAUUUAUGGGCAUUAUGUUUUUCUGUCUGUGCGUCCGUUCGUUUGUCCGUCCGUUCGUCCGUCUGUCCCGAUUCAGGUUAAAGUUUUUGGUCAAGGUAGUUUUUGAUGAAGUUGAAGUCCAAUCAACUUAAAACUUAGUACACAUGUUUCCUAUGUUAUGAUCUUUCUAAUUUUAUUACCAAAUUAGAGUUUUGGUCCACUGAACAUAGAAAAUAAUAGUGCGAGUGGGGCAUAUGUGUACUAUAAACACAUUAUUGUUAUAUAAAUGAUUUAACCUCCAUGUUUGGUAAUUCGUGUGAUCCUGUAACAUUACAUGACGUAAAAUUGUCUAGUCUUUUAUAUGCUAAUGACUUAGUAUUAAUAUCUGAAUCUUAAUGGUUUACUAAAUUGUCUAAACAAGUUAAACACUUAUUGUAAAAAAUGGAACUUGACUGUCAAUCUUGACAAGACAAAAGCAAUUAUAUUUGAUAAAAGUGGUAAAGACAAAUUUGAAUAAUGAAUUAAUUGAAUGUUGCACAGAAUACAAAUAUUUAGGUAUACUAUUCAAGCCAUGAGGAAUUUUCACUAAUGUUGUAAAUCUCCUCUGUAAAAAAGGCUUCAAAGGCAUUGUUUUGUAUUAAAAAAAUCCUUUACUCAGAUAAGAUGGAUGUUUUUUCCCAUAUGAAACUUUUUAACUCUUGUGUCAGCCCAAUAGUACUGUAUUGUAGUGAGAUAUGGUCACUAAAUAUUGUGAAGUACAACAAAACUUUACAAUCUCAAUACUUAUCAAUGGAAUCAGUAAAACUCCAGAUCAAAUUUGCGAAAAUAUAACUUAACGUUAAUUCAAAGGAAGCUAGUAAUAUCGCUGUAUUAGCUGAAUUGGGAGUGUACCCUAUUGGUAUACAGGCCCUUAAGUCUUCUGUAGGAUUUUGGUUACAUAUUUUAAAUUCAAAUGAAAAAGAGUCUUUAUUGUAUAAUGUUUAUAAAGUUUACAAGCAGUUAAAUGAUGGAUUUGCUUCAAAAAUUAAAAUGCUACUAUCUAAAUUGAAUUUCACUAAUGUUUUGGUAAAUCAAUGUACCUUUUCUAAAAAAAAAUUACGUUUAGCCCCCACGAAGAAGCUCAAUGAAAAUCACAUAAUAUUUUGGAAAAAUUGUCUCUUAAAUGAUUAUAAUUCAAUAAAUGGAAAUAAACCAAAGAUCUCUAUACAAAUCCUUGAAUAAACUAAGAACCUACAGAAAAUUCAAAGUAAAGUAUGAACUUGAAAUUUUUAAAGUACUUUCUAUUAAAUUUAGAUAAAAAUGUUACAAAAAAAUAUGCCAAAAUAAGAAUAAGUAAUAGUAUGCUGGCUAUUGAACGCGGUCGAUACAAUAAAACAGCCUUAUAAAAUAGAAUAUGUCCUUUAUGCCAUAAAGAGGUGGAAGAUGAAUUCCAUUUUAUCAUAACAUGUACAGAACUUAAUAAACCGAGGAUCAAAAUGUUUAAUGAAAUUUGUAAUAUUGUCCCCUGUUUUAAUUCAAUGAGUAAGGAAAACAAAUUUGAUUUUAUAUUUUCUUGUGAAGAAUGUGAUAUAUAAAUUAUCAUUGUUAACAGUAUAAGUGAAAUGUAUAAUGAGAGAAACAACUAUAAUGUCAAUAUAUGAACUGUGUGUGAUUGGUGACUAACAUUUUAAUGUAAUAUAUAAUCAAGAUAUUUGAAAUGAUAAUUUUAAAG